AUGGCCCGACAGCUGAUUUGUUGCUUAGUGCUGAUGCUUUUAACUCCUGGAGUGAUCGGUGCUGUGACGCUGGGCGCUUUUGGGGCUGAUGACUUGGUGAAGCAGCUCCGGUCGUCCAUCUUCGUCGAGACAGCGUUCUUAGAAGAGCGCCCACCGGUGACGCGGUGUUCCUCCUUGGAUGGUCCCAGUUGCCUUCACUUAAUGUUGGAUUCUCAGGUGUCCCUAGACGGUCCAGGUGUUAUUCCAGAGAGACUCCUUCACGACUUGGGAGCUGCAGAGGGAAUGGACUUUGUGACCCCAGAGUACUUCACAUUGGAAGAACUUGUACGCAUGGGUCAGGCAACACAGAGCCGAAGCUCAGCUGAAGCCUUGCUGGUGGGAGACGAGGCCAAGGACUACUUGCUCAGUGGUCGGAACAAGACGUCUGUAGGACUUCUGCACUUCGCUGGUGCCGCACUGGACCGGCGUUUGCCAUUGACCUUCUCGCUUGGACUGCCCAAAGACCUGGUGGCCACUUGGGAUGGCCGCUGGAUCGCGCGUGAUGGUAGCACCAAGCAUGUGGCCAGCCUGCCUUCUCCGGAUGGCGAACUUCCCGUCUUGUCUCAGAACGCCGGUUUGGUUCGAAAGCCAGGUGGCGGAAGCCUGCAACUCUCAGUCUCAGCUGAGUUGGCAGGCUCUUUGGGAUAUCUCCGCUUCUCGCGACCGGUCACUGUGCGCUCCCUCUUCGUUCACUGGGUUGCAGAUCGAAAUGCUCCAAGGGCCAUUGUGGCAGGUCGUUUGGGUCUGCAAAAUAUGUGGAACAGCCAUUUGGAUCCUCAGCAAUUGGAGUCCGUAGAGGGAUGGGUUGACAUUGCUGGAAACCCCUUGGCACAGGUGGAUGAAUUGGUCUUCAUGGCCGCAAAGGGACUUCAGAUUAGUGCUGUCCAGAUUGCAAGCACUGAAGGAACAGAGGAAGAGGAGCGAACCGUCCUGAUGCUACAGCCCUUUGAGUCUCCAACUCAACAGAAUGAGACGGAUGAGAGCCAGCCGCAGCCGCAGCCACAUUUCAUCGCCUCGUUGCAGAGGCUGAGAGCGGAUGCUGCACCCUUCGUCGCCACGUUGCAAGAGGUGGUCGACCACAAUCUGCGGCUGCGUAUGCUUGCACCUUCGAGAGCUCUUGGAGGGGUGCGGGGCGACCAGAUACCUGGCUUGCUUUCGAUACCCUCCUCUGACAAUGGAGCUCGGCUGACAGAGGAAGCACUGAGCUUCAAAUUGGCCGCGUCGCAAAACGAAGUCCUGUUUUCUCGCGGUUUCCUCACAGACAUUGCCGCGAACGAUGCCAGAAAUAUGAUUGCUGGCUUCUCCAAAGUGCCUGAAGGUGUUUUGCCCGAAGAUCUGCGUCGGCAGCUGACCACAGAAUCGCCCGAGCUGGCAGAGACAGUGCUGCAGCACGUGCGCAGGGGUGGAUGGAAACGCAGCACCCCCUCGACCUUGCCGCAGGAGGGUUCAGAGGAUGCGGUGAAGAAGUACAUGACUGCCAAGCGCCAGCAGAUGCAGUUAGAUUUGUUGGCAGUCAGUCAGCUCUUUUUUGCCACCGAGGAGUACCAGGAUGUGGUGAUGUCGCCUUUGGUGCUGCCCUUUGAACUGGUGGUGGCUGGACUUCUUUGGUCAUUGGCAGUGGUUUUGCUGUUGGGUGGGGCUUCAGCAGUCGCAGUGUGGGACUGCGCGCAGUUGAUCAAGACCAAACGAAUUCAGUGGCACCGGCAGAAGGGGUUAGAAGACGCCGCUGCGGCAUGUGAGCCAAGCAAGGACUCCGAUGCUUUGGUGAAGGACCUGUCGCAAGUUGAAGGGCCCGCUGACUGUUCCGUAGAAGCGGAGAAGCCAGUGACAGUUGAGGACUUGCAGCUGCGCAUGGAGGAGCUCCAAGCGAAGCAUCAGGAAGAGUUGCGAGAGAAGGACCUGAAGUUGGAGGAGAUGCAGAAAGAGUUAGAGGAAAAGAAGGCUGAGGGCCUUGAACUUUGGGAAGAUGCAAAGAAGCAGAGGAGGGAAGCGAACCGCUUACAAUCCUUUGCCAUUUCAGCGACAAACUCGCUGAGAAAGAUGCAGCGGGAGGUCAACCGGCUCCAGAAAGUCAUUGCCCAGCAGAAAACGAAGUAUACAGAGCUCCAGGAAAGCCAGCGAGCUCGACGGGAGGGGCUGCUGCUACGGGAGCUGGAUCUCAGCAACCGAGAGGCCGAAGUCUCCCAACUGGCCCAAGCAGAGCAGGAAGAGUUGGCGCAGCUCCGCGAGUGGCUGUCCGCGCCGAGCUCCGGCGCCAAAGACGAGCACCGGCAGAUUGCGGGACUGCGUGACGAAGUGAAGGAGUGGAAGUCCACCUACAAGAAAGACAAGGCAAGUUGGAUGCGUGCUAUUUGUGAGCUGACAAAGCAGCGAGAUCAACAUGUAGCACGAGCAGAUGUCCUUGCCAAACAGUUGGGGCAAUGGCGUGAGAUUUUUCAGGAGACAGAUCUCUUGGAACUGGAGCACCAGGAUUGGGAGCAGGAUGAGCUUGGCACCAAGCAGGAUGAGUCCUGCCAGAACUCUCCGCAGGUCUUUUACAUUUCAUCGCCUCGGAGCGAGGCACGAUCCAGCAGUGAUUAG